AUGGAGAAAUACUCUACAUCAAAAUCCAGCUUAAAAAAGAAGCUCAAACUAUUCGGGUUCGAAAUCAACUCCCCCAAUCAAACUCACCACGAGAUGUUGACUUCCGACGUUCACAGCAUUGACUCGUCAAUCGGCUCGGAAAAUAGCUUGAGUCCCACCGAGCAAACUAAGAAGAACAAAAAGUACGAGUGCCAAUGGUGUUUCAAGGUCCUAGCCAACUCACAAGCUUUAGGCGGACACCAGAACGCGCACAAGAAGGAGCGAAUGAAGAAAAAGUGGCUUCAGCUUCAAGCCACUCGAGCCGCUGGCUUGAGCCACUACCUCAAUAGCCAAUCAUUUGACGGCUCGUACGAAUAUAACUCGUCCGACUAUGAUUGUCCGCCUGAAUUUUGCCUCGAUGAGGGCCCACAAAUUAGUUUUUCGGGGGAGGAUCGAUUUUCGGGAUUCGGGUUCGAGCAAGAGUACGCGCAAGGAUUCAGUCUCACGCACUCUGAUGGAUCGUCGAGCUCGUCUUAUGAUUAUUUUAAUAAUUAUAAUGGUUAUGGUGCUAAGGGGAAUUUGGAUCUUCAACUAGGGUUAGGUGUGGAUUAUGAUGUUCCUCCUUUUUGA